GCGCGUAAAUUCCUCAGCUCUUUUGGAAGAACCUACAAGCUGCUCAUAGAGGGUGACACAGCCUCUGUCUUGCUCUCUCUCUCUCUCUCUCUCUCUCAAAGAAGAAGCAAUGUUAAGAGGUUCUCAUCUCCCACCAAGAGCAAUUCCAGCUCUCUGUGCUCUCAGACUAUCUCGGAUUCCCUAUAUCCGCCUCUCUUCGCCUCCAAACCUUCGGAAACUCUCAACAUUUGCAGCACCAUUUCAAACGUGUAUACCUCAAACCUUCGCACCCAGUUCGCCUCAUCGACCCUUUUUGAGCUUGAAGCGGGUCGUUCCUCUGAUGGGUCUUCCAUGCCCCAAGGCAACAGCUUCAUCUAGUGCUGGGAGUGACUCUGGAGGCAGCCGGGAAAUACUGGUGCAGCACUUGCUUGUUAAAGAAGAUGACCUUAAGCUUUUGUUGGAUCUUCAGCAGAGAAUUUCAGGAGGUGAAGACCUUAGUGAUCUUGCUGCUGAGCACUCAAUUUGCCCAUCCAAAGGAGAGGGAGGAAUGCUUGGGUGGGUGAAAAAGGGGCAAAUGGUGCCUGAGUUUGAGGAGGCUGCAUUUAAUGCACCUUUAGAUAAAGUUGUAAGAUGUAAAACAAAAUUUGGAUGGCACUUGUUGCAAGUUGUCUCUGAGAGGGAAGAAUCCUUGCUUCUAGAUAUACAACCUGACGAGCUUCAUGCAAAGAUGCAAGAUCCCAAUUUCUCAGAAGAGGCACAAUUGGUUGAUGUUCGAGAACCUGAAGAAGUGGACCAAGCUUCUGUGCCAGGUUUUCAAGUUCUUCCUCUCCGACAAUUUGGAAGCUGGGGACCUGAGAUAACUACCAAGUUGGAUCCUCAAAAGGAUACAUAUGUUCUGUGUCACCAUGGCCUGCGGUCGUUACAGGUUGCCAAGUGGUUGCAGACACAGGGUUUUAUAAAAGUAUAUAAUGUUUCUGGGGGAAUCCAUGCAUAUGCUCUCAAGGCUGAUCAGUCCAUUCCCACUUAUUGAGAAGAUAUAUUUGUCCUCCGACGAAGGACUUGCCUUUUUCACCUUCAAUGAUAUGCUCUCCCUCUCUCUCUAAGGCUUGGAAAUGAUUGCAAGCAGAAUUUUUUUUUAGUUCUUUUUGUGCAUUUGAAGAAUUUUACCUUGGCAGAAAUUGAGUAAUAGCCGGCAAGAAUGUUUUAUGGAAAGGGAAUGAUUCCUUUUGUUUCCGAUGUACCCCCAUAAUGCAACCAUUUCUGCAACCUUACAUAUAUGUGCAAAGUAGCAAAAGUCUUGGUAUCAAAA